AUGGAUCGCACCAACCUCUCGAAUGCCAUUUCCGAUAACCUCGCCCAAGAUCUUGGAUUCACCAACGACGAUGUAAACACCACCAUCAUGGUUUACGCCAUUUUGUUCACUAUCUUUGCCCUUCCUUCCAAUUUUGUUUCGAAACGUAUCGGCGCUCAUCUUUGGAUCCCCAUUCUUAUGAACUCCUGGGGAGACUUGGGAGGCUUUUUUGCUAUUCGGGUGCUCAUUGCCAUCACGGAAGCUGGAUUUAUUCCUGCCUGUAUCUAUUACCUUUCGUCAUGGUACAAGACCAAGGAGCUUGCGACACGGCUGGCGUGGUUCUGGGGAAUCCAAUCAUUAGCCUCUGCGUUUUCUGGUCUUAUCUCAUUUGGCGUUUUCCGCAUGCGUGGCAUUGGCGGUCUGGAAGGUUGGAAAUGGUUGUUCCUUCUCGAUGGCAUUUUUACACAUAUUGUCGGCGUUUUCUGCUUCUUCUACUUGCCCGGGCGUCCAUCACGAACUCAAGGUCUGCUUCGUGGCAAGAAGGGAUGGUUCAACGAACGUCAAAUGAGAAUCGCUGUUACUCGACUCAUCCGCGAUGAUCUGAGCAAGACCGAACAGCACAACUCGCGUAUUACAUUGGAGGAUAUCAAGUCGACAGUACUGGAUACCAAAGUGUGGACACAUUUGAUUACAACUUUUAUUGGUUUCGUACCCAUUACACCUAUUACCACUUAUCUACCCAGUAUGAUCCGUGACGGUGGCUUCGAAACAACCACGGCUAACUUGCUUACAGUGCCGUCCUAUAUCAUCAAUGGUAUUUUCUCAAUCCUGAUUGCAUGGAGCUCUGAUCGACAUGGCGAAGUAUCACUCCAUUGUAUGAUUGGUGUCAUUUGGUCCCUUGCCUGCUUCGCUGCACUUCGAGCUUUACCCGCCGACACCGAUCGAUGGAAUACAUUCGGAGCAGCCAUGAUGGCAGCAGCUUCACCCAGCUGGCACGGAAUGCAUAUAGCUUUUAUGAGUUCCAAUGUGGCGCCGGUUGGAAAGCGCGUUCUAUGCUAUAGUGCAAUUAUUGCUUCAGCCAACAUUUGCGCUGUGCCUGGUGCAGUGAUCUAUCAGACCUGGGACGCACCACGGUACUACUAUGGUAAUACGAUCAACAUCAUUCUAAUAGCUAUCCUCGGCUUGCUUUUCAUGGCCCAACGAUUGCGAUACGAUCUUACCAACCGAUGGCGCGCUCGCAAGUGGGGCAAAAUGUCCGAAGAAGAGAGACAACAUUAUCGCGACACUACCAAAGACACUGGAAGCAAUCGACUUGACUUUCGAUUCUACCUUUGA